CGAAUUGUAGCAUCGACGACACUCACCACAUCUCGGCGGCGACAAAAAUCCUGUCAAGAUGGGAAGAGUUAUCAGGAAUCAGAGAAAGGGUCGCGGCUCGAUCUUCACCGCACACACCCGCUUGAACAAGGCACCAGCGCAGUUCCGAUCCCUCGACUACGCCGAGCGACAUGGCUACAUUCGAGGUGUCGUGAAGCAAAUUGUCCACGAUCCUGGUCGAGGCGCACCACUGGCAAAGGUCCAGUUCCGUGACCCAUACCGAUACAAGCUUCGCAACGAGACCUUCAUUGCCAAUGAGGGCAUGUAUACCGGCCAGUUUAUCUACGCCGGAAAGAAUGCUGCGUUGACUGUCGGUAACAUCCUCCCACUCAGUGCCGUUCCUGAGGGUACCGUAGUCAGCAACGUUGAGGAGAAGAUGGGUGACCGUGGUGCUCUGGGACGUACCAGCGGUAACUAUGUCACAGUCAUCGGCCACAACCCGGAUGAGGGCAAGACUCGUAUCAAGCUCCCAUCUGGUGCUAAGAAGGUCGUGAAGAGCUCCGUACGUGGUAUGGUUGGUAUCGUUGCUGGUGGUGGACGAACGGACAAACCUCUGCUCAAGGCUUCGCGUGCCAAGCAUAAGUUCGCUGUCAAGCGCAACUCAUGGCCAAAGACCCGUGGUGUGGCUAUGAACCCAGUCGACCAUCCCCACGGUGGUGGUAAUCACCAGCAUAUCGGCAAGGCUUCUACAAUCUCACGUUACGCGGCACAAGGUCAAAAGGCGGGUCUCAUCGCUGCCAGGAGAACUGGUCUACUGCGUGGUACCCAGAAGACGAAGGAAUAGACAUUUGUCGUAUAGCGGUAGGACUGAGGGGAGUCGAGCGGCUUCACACUUUCAAUUGCAUUGGCUGGCAUAUGACGUGGACAGGGACAACGAGAUCGCUGUUCACUGGAAUGGUCAUCUUGGGGCGUAUUAUGAAUUGGAGCUAUUGUGCUUUAAAAAUACAAAUGAUAUACUGAGCGUCCGGCCAAAAGCAGUCAUAAUGCAUUUUUUCUGACCACUCAAGA